GUUUCACUUUAUUCUUAUCGUCAUUAAAAUGUACGAAGGAGAAGUUGAAGUCUUUGACUCACUAACCAAAGAGCCUAUACAAUACAAGUCUUGUUUUCUUAUGCUCAAAAGCGUAUGGGAAACUUUCAUCAAGGAAGAUCAGUCCCAUGAUUGGAAACCGAAGCUGAUAUGGCGUGCGAACAAAAAAUGCGCAAAACAACCACCGGGGACUAAUCUAUGUGGAUACUACGUUUGCGAGUACAUCCACAGAAUUGUCGACGAGAGAGCGAAUAAUGAAAGAAAUAGAGAGUUGAGAAGAAAGCGGGAGAAGAUCGGAAUCGAGGAGCGCUUCAAAGCAAUCGGCGAUGAAUUGGCGGGAUUUUUCCUUCGGGAAGUCAUACCACCAUCCGGAGAGUACCACUAUGCAUAAAGAUCUUCUCCAGCUCCUCGAUUGCUUUGUGUGUAUAUAUAGUUUGACUCGGAGUGUACCACUAUGGUACAUGUGUGUAAUAGAUCGAUCUUCAUGCUUGUACUAUGGUGCAUCGACUUGAUUUGCAUCGGAGAGUACUACUUAUGCAAUUACAUGUGUGUUAUAUUAUAUGCACCAACUUUAUAUGCA